AUGUCUGAAUCAGGAAACAGUGUAGUUAAACGUAAUAUGAUUGAAGAGAGUUCAAAAGCUCAACCAGUGGAAGAAAAGCCUAGUGAUAAAAUGAGUGAUGUGUGCAAAAAUGAAGUGCAAGUGAAGAUGGAAGUGGAGGAUGAUGAAGUGAUGAAGGCUGCUCAUCGGGAGAACCGGCUCAUUAGUAUCAUCGAUCAGUUGAGGUGUCAGAGUAAACUGAAAGAAAAUGGCGCAGCUUCAACCGUAACAGGAACAAAGUCGCAACCUUUGCGCGGCCGAUGUUAUCGCCGCCUUGUAAUGUAA